AUGAUCAUGAAGUUAUCAGUGUCCGUCGUGGCCCUGAUGGCAUUACUGGUGUCCCGGGCUCAGGCAUUUGUGUCAGUUGGGGGUAACGGAAACACUCAUGUGAGCAUCACUGGUAGUGCUGUAAUGGCAAAGAUCUAUGAGGUGUGUGAAGCAGUGGCUGAAUCUGAGGAAAGAGAAUUCAAACCAACAGGUUCAUCAGCAGAAGAGCUACUGCGGGCCUGCUUAGGCACAGCUACAGGUGAGGUUUCGGGUGCCAAGUUCCGUACAGCACUAAAUCAGAUCUACAUGCAGAACGGCUAUGUGGACCGUGACUUCAUGGGCAGUGCACCACACCACUUCAAUAAUGAGGCUUUCAGGGAGGGACGCAACCUCAUCAGUCAGGGGACAGCUGCCAUUAAAGCUAAUGUCCGCAGUGACAACCUUCAAUCUGCCAGAGAAACACUGGGGCGAGUGUGUCACACGCUGCAGGAUUUUUACAGCCACAGUAACUGGGUUGAACUAGGUAACAAAAGUCCAUAUGCCAACCUCAUCAGACCGGAUCUCAACAUUGAGAACAUUGCAGAUGUUACAAUGCCAACAUGCAGUGAUUGUGCCAGUGGCAGCUGUCCAAACCCUCUUCUGCCUGCCAUUCUGAAUGGGAAGUAUCUCACUUCAGGAUACAUGGGCUUGUUCUCCUCUGACAAACCUCAGGGUAAAUGUAGCCAUGGUGGGGAUACUGAUCUCAGCAGUAGCCAGAAUCCUCGUGGUGGGAUCAGUAAAGAUGAGCGCCAUUCCUAUAAUUCCGACCUACACAAUAGUGCUGUAAAUCUGGCAUCUGAGGCCACCUUGGACCUGCUAGAAGAUAUCCGUGGUGCCAUUGGCAACAAGGACUACCUUCGGCUGAUGGGUAUUGCACGAUCUGCAGUGCUGGCCUUUGUCAUUGACACGACAGGCAGUAUGUCAAAUGACAUUGCAGAGGCCAAAAGAGUUGCUAACAACAUCAUCGACAGCAAGAAAGGAACUCAAGAUGAACCAUCUGAAUAUAUUCUGGUGCCGUUUAAUGAUCCAGGUUUUGGACCACUAAUAAGGACCACAGAUCCAGAUGUGAUGAAGUCAGAGAUCUCCAAGCUCAACGCUGCUGGGGGUGGGGACAUCCCAGAAAUGUGUCUGUCAGCACUUCAGUUGGCCCUUACAGGCGCUCCCUCCUCUUCAUUUAUAUAUGUCUUCACAGAUGCCAUAGCUAAGGAUACAUUCCUAGAGAAAACCAUCAUCGCCUUGAUCCGCAGCACCAAGUCAACGGUCUCUUUCUUCAUGACAUCAACAAAGAGGAUGAGAAGAGCGUUGAACGUACAGCCACGUUCACAGUUUCAAAUGUACUAUGACAUAGCCUUGGUUUCUGGAGGUCAAGCCAUUGAAGUCUCAAAGUCCAGCCUCUCUCAAGCCACUGACAUAAUUGUUGACACCUCUACUUCAGCCCUGGUAACAAUUUUGCAGCGUUCCAGGAAUCCAGGACGUGUAGAGAGUUUUCCCUUCCUCCUGGAUGAGUCAGUUUCCAACACUACCAUCUAUAUCACAGGGAGUGACCUCAUAUUUACCCUACACAGCCCUACAGGUGUGUCUCAAGAUAGCAUGGUUGCCAAUGGACCUCUGGGAAUAAUUCAGAAAGUAGGAAACCUGCAACGAAUCCAAUUGAAUGGAAAUUAUGUGGGCCUUUGGCACAUUGACAUGAAGUCAACACAGUCCUACACCAUUAAAGUAAUUGGUCAGAGUGCGAUUACAUUCAUCUAUGACUUUGUGGAGGAAUUCAAAGGACCGCAUCCUGGAUAUGCUGUUAUUGAUGGACGCCCAAAAGCAGGCAUACCAGCUAAACUGUUGCUUACACUCACUGGAGACAAAGGUCCAGAGGUUCUGGAGGUGCAGGAAGUUGCUCUCGUGGAGGUGUCAGGGCUCAGAGUGUCUAAUGGAACCACAGAGAAAAUGGGUGAUGGAGCUUUCCUAGUUACCAUGAAUGAUGUCCCAGAGGGAGAGUUUGUGGUGUGGCUGAAGGGAAAAGACACGACCUCCUCUAGCCUUUUCCAGAGACAGAGCACCACACAGAUGUCUCAGUCCAAAGUCACCAUCAAGGCAAUGGUAGACAGCACCAUGCUACCAGGACAAGAAUUUAAACUAAACUUUACUGUAACAACCAAUGGAACUGGUGGUGUCUACAAAAUUCGUGCAAGUAAUGACAAAAGCAUCCCUAUGAAUUUUCCAGAAAUGCUCACCCUUGUAAGUGGAGGCAGUGCUCAAGGGACAGUAUCUCUCACUCCUCCUGCUAACACUGUCUCAGGCACAGACGUUACUCUCACUAUCGAGGCAGAAGGUGUUGGAGGAAGUGACUCUAAUUAUGCUGUGUUUCGCCUUUCUGUCCUCUCCAAGGUAACCGACUUAACACCUCCAAAUUGCGAAAUAGUCAGUGUUCAGGGCAGUUGCUCCUCCUCCUCUUGCAGCUCGUCAAACUGGGAACUGUCUGUCAACAUCACAGAUGGUAAUGGCACAGGUAUCGAGAGCAUUACCAUCCAGCAAGGCAAUGGAAACCUCACUCAGAAGGAAGUGGUAGACACCAGUGUAACAGUGGUCAUGGGUCUAUAUAAGGCCACAUGUUGCUCGCCUUCUGUGACUUUGUCUGCUGUUGACAAGGUGGGAAACGUGGGCAGAUGCACAUACAGCAUGGAGACCAGUGCAGCCUCUCCGCUCAUCAGCAUGUCCCUCCAUCUGUGGGCAUGUCUGUUUGUAGCAUCCAUGAAUUUGCUAAGUGAUGCCUUCCCUAUGUGAUGAUACAGAGCUCUUCCAAUCAAAUACACAAGCAUCCUAUCCAUUGCUUAAUCUUUUCUUAAACCCUCUACUGUGAAAUAGUGUAAAAUGUGAAGAACCAUGCUGCUUAUUCCAACUGAAUUAUCAAAAUACUAAUGCAUGUAAUACACAAUACAAAUAAAUGUGUUUGCUAAUAUAUAAUUUUUUCUAUUGUC